AUGCAUAUGAAAGAUUUGGACGCUGCAAUCGAGAGCCUCGGAUUUCAGUUAAGUCCAUUGGAGGCGUUUGUGGAAGCUGAGCUAGCGAGAACAAAAAUUGGUGGAGAGCCUAUCAUCAAGACGCAAGAAGAAGCAUACACAGAAGUAAAGACUUCAGGAACGUUGAAAGAUAAAGGGAGGGAACAACAACCCAGCGAUACCCAACACCAGCCUGAAGACGACGCACUUUUCAAAGAACUCCACGCUCUAGGACACACAAUUGUUCAGUCAGGUGAGCGCCAGGGCAUACCUGCAGAGCCCACGUCAAGCACAAGCAUCACAGCUGCACCAAGGGUGCCAAUUAGGAGCCAUAGCUCAUGGACUCAGCGAGAACACAAGGACUCUGGCUCAGUCCCUGGUCCAUACCCGAUUUUCGAUAAGCCAGAGCCACGAUUUUACGAAGGCCACCAAGUCCAUAUGUCAGAGAAGAAAGGCAGUACCAGAAUGAAAGGUAGCUACCUGAUCAGCAAGUCCCGAUUUAGUCGGUCAAAAGGUUACACGAAGUACCAGCUGCUGGAACCACUCACGCAGUUGUUACACAAUGAAGGCGCUUGGUACAGAGAGAAGGACCUUAUGCAGGGCAGUUGA